AUGUCUAUACCAAGAUUCCUAAAGGUAACAUAUGGACCAUACGAUAAUUAUAUUCCAGUCAGUGAAUUAAGCAAAAAGUCAUGGAACCAGCAAUACUUUUCCCUGGCAUUUCCUAAACCACCAAGGCCAGGGAAGAAACGGAGGUCUCUACCUUCCCAGUUACUCAACAAUACGACUCCUGCAAUUGAUGAACAAAAAUUAGGAAUUCACAGACCACCAUUAUGGAUGCACCGUUCCCUGAUGAGAAUUCCCGAGAGACCAUCUGUUUAUUUGGCAGCAAGGAAGGGCCUUCCAGUAAAACCGCCUCAUUAUGGCAAGGGAGAACCCAAAGAACCAGGGGAACCCAAGCCCCUGUCUUCAGGAAAAUCAAAGAAAGAAGAGAAAGCAAAAACAAGUGACUCUGAAGCCAAAGAGAAGACAGUGGCAGUCAAGGAAGAAAGGCCCAAAGCAGUUGCCAAGAAAAGGUCAAAGGAUUCAGAUAGUGAGAAGGGAGGCUCAUCUUCAGAAUCUGAAGCUGAAAAGGCUGCUGGGAAGAAAAAAGCCAAAAAAGAUAAAAAGGAAGCAAAGGCGAAGGAUUCAACUUCAGAGUCCGAAGCUGAAAAGGCUGGUGCAAAGAAAGAAGGCAAGAAAGGUAAAAAAGAAUCCAAGGAGAAAGGUUCAGCCUCAGACUCGGAAGCUGAAAAGGCUGCUGAGAAGAAAGAAGGCAAGAAAGGUAAAAAAGGUUUAAAGGAAAAGGGUGCAGUCUCAGAAUCUGAAGCUGAAAAGGCUGCGGGGAAGAAAGAAGGCAAGAAAGAUAAAAAAGAAUCAAAGGAAAAAGGGGUACCCUUAGAAUCUGAAGCUGAAAAGACUGCGGGGAAGAAAGAAGGCAAGAAAGAUAAAAAAGGUCCAAAGGAUUCAAAAGAUACACCUUUAGAAUCAGAAGCUGGCAAGGCUGCUGAAAAGAAAGGAAGCAAAAUCAGUAAAAAGUCUUCAAAGAGCAAAGAUACUCCUGUAGAUUCUGAAACUGAGAAUGUAGAUUUAAAGAAAGGCCCCAAGAAGAAGGAAAUUAAAAAGGAGAAGAAGGACAACAAAGCUGACAAAGACUCAAAGGAGGAUGUUAAGAAAGACAAGAAGGAGAAGAAAGAGAAAAAAGAGAAGAAAGACAAGAAAGACUCUGGAGGUGACUCCUCUGAAUCAAAGAAGGAGGAAAAGAAAGCAAAGAAAGAGAAAAAACCAAAGUAG